AUGAUAGUGUCAGGCUCACUUGGACAAAAAAUAAUAACAGAUAUUGAAACCAUACCACAAUUAGAAUCUGUGUAUGUAUUCUGUCGCAACCAAGCGGCCCAUGAACAAUGGGCCAAUAAAGUACCAAAGGUUAAAGGUGUAUACACAAAAAUCAAACCAAUCUGUAAGGCCUUGCAGAUCGAUCGUGAAAAUUGUGAUCGAGCAAUGAUCUCGAUCAGCUUUAAUGGUCGUGAUGCCUUAUUUAUGUAUACGCAAUUACUAAAAGAAGCACUUUUGGAAAUUGAAGAUGACGAUGUCAAAUCAAUUAAAGAUCUCGUAGAGUACUGUCGUCUACAAGAUGAUGUUGAUGAAGGUCAAAUUAGGAAGGUCGAAAAUGAAUAUCGUGAUCAUACACCAAUAUGGUGGUAUACGACUGAAACAUUUAUAUAUCCAAUGCUGAAUCGUGGACUCCGACAAAUGGAUGUUGACAUCAUCCUUAAAAUGGGCUUUUUCAUCCGUCAUUUACAUAAUCAUAUUACCGAACUAUAUCGUGAACAACAAGGAAACAUGCCAACAAAUUUUCAAGUCUUUCGUGGACAAGGUUUGUCCAUGGAAGACUUUGAAAAAAUGAAAAAAACCAAAGGAGGACUUAUGUCCUUUAAUAAUUUUCUGUCAACAAGUCGCAACCGUGAGAUAUCUUUCAAAAACUUUGCACGACCAGCAGCAUCUAAUACAAAUUCAGUUGGCAUCCUUUUCAUUAUGAAUAUUGACACGGCUAUUUGUGCAAAAUCAUCGACACCAUUUGCUGAAGUAAGCAAAGUUGGCUACUACAAAGACAAAGAGGAAGAAAUACUAUUUUCAACACAUGCGAUUUUUCGUAUCGAUCGCAUUGAACGAAUUCACGAUAAUCACUCUGAUAGGCUGUACGAAGUUAAUCUCACUAUUGUGGGUAAUGACAAUCACGAAUUGAACAUACUUACAGCACAUAUACGUGAGGAUCUUGGUGGUCGCACAGGAUGGUCUGGACUUGGGUACAUACUUAUUAAAUUGGGUGAGCCUGCAAAAGCUGAACAACUCUAUCAGAUCCUCCUUGCAAAGGCGUCUUCUGAUGAAGAUCGGGCAGAAUACAAUCAUCAACUUGGCUGGGUGUAUGAUGACAUCGGAGAGUAUUCAAAAGCACUUUUAUAUUAUGAAAAAUCACUGGAUAUCUACAAGAAAAUUCUCUCUCCGAAUGAUCUCGGUUUGGCUUCUUCCUACAACAACAUCGCUGUAGUGUAUGAUGAAAUGGGCGAGUACUCAAAAGCACUUUCAUCGUAUGAACGAUCACUUGA